AUGUCGAGCACCGACCCGCUCGAGACCGCCAUCCUCCAGGGCGUCGAUGCGCCCGACCGCGCCGCAGACGCAGACGAUCGCGGUCCGCAGGCGCGCGCCGCAUACAAUCACGAGCGACACUCUUCCCCUCCCAACACCGACGACGAGCUCGGCUCCGACCUCCCCUCCGACGACGACGACGACGACGCGGGGGGACCAGGUGGCCGUCCGUCGCGCACCGAGCCGUCGCGCCUCUCUUCCCAGAUCGGCGCGGCCAACACGGGCCCAAAGGGCGUCAUCAACGACCACAAGAUGCAGGCACUCCAGGCCCGGGCGGAGCGCGCCGAGCGAGUGCACCAGACCAACGCCCAGAUGGAAAAGAUGAGCUUCCAGACAGAGACGUGGGACCAGCAGCAGGCGAGGGAGCGCAGCGAGGCCAAACUGCGCCGGCAGCGCGAAAACGCCGAUAGCGACGACGAUGGAGCCGAGGGCGAGGGCGCCGGCGUCAGCGCAGCCGCCAUCGCCGACCUCCGUGCAAAGGAGAAGAGGAGGGAGCAGAGGAUAGCCGAACUCAAGAACCAGGGCAGGCAGAGCAAACGCUUCUCGUUCCAGACGGCGCUCGGAGGCGGCGGCGUGGGUGGCCAGGCGCAGGCGGGGGCGGGGCCGGGAGCCGGGUCGGAUCGCUGGUUCGGGCACCUGCGGGAGGUCGACGAGAGGGGCUACGUGGCGGCCAUCGACAAAGAGGACCGCACCACGCCCGUCGUCAUCCACAUCUACUCGCGCGGCGUCGAGGCCUGCGCCGUCCUUACCAGCGCCCUCUCGUCGCUCGCGCGCACCUACCCGCGCACCAAGUUCCUUCAGGUGCAGGCGUCGGCCAUCGGCUUCGGCGGCGCCCGACCGCGUCACGAUGACGGGACGAUUGACGAAGACGACGAGGAAGACGAGGGAGGCGACGCGAGGGCGAGGCAGGAUAGGGCGGCGGAUGUGCUCCCCACGCUCCUCGUCUACCGCGGCGGCGAGCUGGUGGCCAAUCUGGUCCGCGUCGACCUCGAAGAGGCGUGGCGUGGCGGCACGGAGCCGGCGAUUCGCGACCUGCUCUCCGGGUAUGACGCCCUAGUCACUGCCGACGGGCGACCGGGUCGACGAAACGCAUACGGAUCCAGCGACGACGAGUCGGACAGCUAG